AUGCUCAAUCCGCCGUCCGUUACCAAGGUUGAGCUGACCAAGGUUGAGCUGACCCAGGUCAACGUUUCGCCAAGCAAGGAUCGUUCUGGGCAUCCGACAGCCCGUGACGAUGUUUCCUAUCUGGAGAAACAAACCAGAACUCGGCGUCUCUUUUCGAGCGCGCAGAUCUUUUGCUUCUCGCUGGUAUACUUCGGCACCUGGUCUGGUAUGGGAGGAAACAUGUAUUAUGCCCUGCUCAACGGCGGCCCGGCGGCAUAUUUGUUCAACCUCAUCAUUGCGCUCAUCGGAGCCCUUGCACAGGCCAUCUCACUCGGCGAACUGGCCUCGAUACUGCCUCUUGCCGGAGCGCAAUAUUACUGGACAUUCCACUUCGCCCCGCCAGGGAGCAAGCGAUUCCUCAGCUGGAUGUCAGGCUGGGCCACGUGGCUUGGUUAUGCCUGCGGCUUAACUGGCGUUCUCAAUGGUUGCGCAAUCCUUCUCGAGGCAAGCAUCCAGUUCAACUAUCCGGAGUAUGAAAACGGCGGCUGGCGUACAACGCUAAUAGUGAUGGGGUUGCUCCUGUUCUUGACGGUUAUCAAUAUCUGGUUCUUUCGCAUUGUCCCCUGGGUCGAACUGGUCGCCGGUAUCGUCAAUGUUUGUUUCUUCUUCAUCACCUUAAUAACUCUGUGGAUUAUGUCGCCUCGCAACAGUCCAAGCUUCAUUUUGACUACAACUAAAUUUUCGGGCUGGGAAAGCGACUUCGUCUCCUGGAAUGUGGGAAUGCUCACCCAGGUAUGGAUGUUUAUUGGCUUUGAGGCUUCGAUUCACAUGGGCGAGGAAACCAAGAAUGCCAAGCGCGCUGCUCCUUUGGCUAUGAUAUACUCUCUCGCAACGAACGGCGUCCUGGGAAUCAUUAUGACGGUUACAUAUAUUAUCUGUAUGCCGCCAUUGGAGGACGUCGUGAAUGCGUCUUAUCCAUACCUGCACCUCCUCGAAACCUCCACGAACUCGAAGUCGGUUGCCACUGUGCUGGCCGUCGGGCUUUGCAUUGUCUCCCUAGCAUGCACCAUGUCGACGUUUUCGUCAGGCACAAGAAUGACUUGGGCAUGGGCUAGAGAUGGUGGCUUGCCCGCCUUCUUUGGCCAUGUGUCCGGCAAGCGAAGGGUUCCUGUCCGCGCUGUUGUGUUGACUUGUAGCUGGGUCAUACUGCUGGCCAUGCUGAACCUCAACGCAGACACGUUUGUCGCCCUAGGCGCAAUCACCUCGCUCUGUUCGUUGGCGCUGUAUUUCAGCUACACGAUCAUCCUCGGCGUUCUUAUCCACCUACGCUUCACCACGGGGCUGCCAAAGUCCGAGUUCACCGUGGGCCGGCUCGGUCUUCCUCUCAACAUCUUCGCCAUGGUCUAUACUUGCUACACCAUGGUAUGGCUACCAUUCCCGACUGCCGUCCCCGUCACGGCACAGUCGAUGAACUACUGCAUUGUGGUCUUCGGGGCUGUAAUGAUUGGUGUUGUCACCGCGUGGUUUACAUGGGCCAAGGACCAUUGGGCUGGGCCAAACCAGGCCAUUGUCGAGUAUGUUCUGCGAAACGACGGCAAGGAAUGA